AUGGUUUCUAUCGAUAAACUGACCAGGAAAGAACUCGCAGAUAUCAUUUCCGAGGACUUGCACAUAGAUGUUGCUUUUCCUUGCUUUUCAGUAGAAGAGCAAACGGGCACUGGUGCCUGUUGCGUUCACAAGCAUUGGCUUCAAACAUUGAAACAAGCCCGAUUCGGCGAAAAAAUAAGCCUUCCACGAUAUUCUACUACACGUUACCCAUAUGACUUUGACGAAUCAGAAGAAUUUGGUGAGGAUCGCCAAGCACUGACUACUAACAUCUCCAUCAACGUCUUGUUAAAGAGAGCCUCUGCCGACAACAAGAAUAGGCCACAGCUCUAUAAUAGGUACCACCUAGAUGGGGAAACAUUUUCGCUUGAUUCUAACGAUGAGACAACUACGUCCAUACGGAUGUUUAUCAAAGAGCAAAUAGAAGGUCGAUCAGUGGCUAGCCUCUCCGAUAUUGAAGCGAUUUAUGAUGAAUGUUCGCCAUUGUUUGGUGACUUGGAUCCGCAAGAUAUGGAUAACGACGACUUUGAAAACUAUCAAUUAGCUCGACAAGAGGUGUUCGUUGAUCAAUUUUUGAGCAUAUUAUAUCCAAAUAGCGCGUAUUUUCGCGUUAUCGAUCAAGAGACGACAAAUGAUGUGCUCUUCCUACAGAAAUCCAGCGUUUCGACAGACACCACUUUAACUAGUCCUAACAUAAUCGAUAUAUUUGCAGUUAUUGAAUCUAGUCGAGCAUAUUACUUCCUUGCAUCUUACAAAGGCACAACCCUACAAGACUUGCUCAAAUACAGCUCUGGUGUUCUUAACUCUAACGUAAAAAAAGCCUUUAUUGUAUACCAACUUCUACAUAGUGUUAAAAGUCUACACGAACGUGGUGUGGUUCAUGGAGGACUCAAACUAUCAAAUAUUCUUGUGGAUGAGAAUCUUUGGAUUUCAUUGACAGGCUUUGAGUGCCGUGUGCCAUCUCUAUCUGAUUUACGCCAAUCUCCUGUUACUAGUCUGAAUGUGAACAGCUCAGGUCAGGAAAAUGGAGGUUUCUGGGAUAAAUCAAGUACAAGUGAGCAAGCAAUGACACCGUAUGAAAGCCAGCAGAAAGAACUGUAUUUACAAAAUAUACCAAAAGAGAUACCCGACGAGAGCCUGAUUAUGAAAUGGGUUCGUGGUGAUAUAUCGAACUUUUCCUAUAUUAUGGCAUUAAACCAGUUGGCAGGACGCCGUAUUGGAGAUCCGAAUUUUCACCUAAUUUUCCCCUGGAUUACUGAUUUCACUGGCCCGACAAUUUCACAAAAUUGGCGUGAUUUUACGAAAACCAAAUAUCGCCUUAACAAAGGCGAUGAACAGUUGGACUUCACCUUCGAUGGCCCAGUACCACAUCAUAUUACAGACAUUCUUUCAGACAUAACAUACUACGUCUAUCUUGCACGGAAAACACCAAUUCCAGUAUUGUGUCAGUACGUCCGGACGAAAUAUGAACCUAACGAAUACCCUUCUUCGCUUCAAAGGUUGUUCGAAUGGACUCCAGAUGAAUGCAUCCCAGAGUUCUAUACAGUAUAUUCAAAUCAGUUCAUCCGGACAUGCCCGAUCUUCAAUUACCAUUGCAAAUGGGCCUCAUCUCCCGAAGAAUUUGUUCAACUGCAUGCUGAGGCACUGGAGAGUGAUUAUGUGUCUAGUCAGUUACAUCAUUGGAUUGAUCUGACUUUUGGUUGCAAGCUAAGUGGCGAAGAUGCCGUAAAGGCAAAAAACGUUGCAUUGCCUCUUUUGGAUGGGCAAGAUUCUUUUAUGAAACAUGGAAUAACACAACUAUUCUCUGAUCCUCAUCCUCAGCGAGCUGUAUCUUGGAAUCAAACACGAAGGCAACUAGAAUUUCUGUUGCGCCAAACCGAGACCAAAAACUCUAUCGAGAGAUACGACUACAUAUCUUCCAAAAGGCGAUUGUUGCCACGAGAUACUUUCUUUGACAAGACAGUGGGUGCACAACAAUUUGUUGAUAAAGUUUCUGAUGUGUUGAUAUCAAGUCUUCCUACUACGGAAAAAGUAAUUGGGAAACCUACAGUAAACUUACGAUCUAAAUUGUCGAAGCAAGUGACGUCUCCGAGACCUGCAUCUUUGUAUGAAUUUGGGAAUGUGGCCAUUGUACGUGAUAGGGAUAUUCCGACUGCUUCGUUGCCUGAUUCGAAAGACGCCUUGAUGCGCAUGGAACAUCUGAUAAAUCUGAUGAACUCGAUUCCAAUACAACUACCUGAAGAUAUGUCAGAAAACAUGUUCACGGAAGAGCUCUCACAUUUUGAACUUGCCCAUUCUUUUGCUGCCAAGUACCGUCACCUGAAUCCAACUGACAACCAUACAAAUAAUUUGGAAGUAAUCAGCCCGAAUAAUAUAUUGCCAAUGGCAGAUUCAGAAAAUUUGUUUGCAUACGCGAGAGCAUGGGACAUGUACUGCUUGGGAAAGAUACUACUGAAUAUUUAUGAAACUUCACCAACCAACACAACUUUAUCACAAAUAAUCGUUUCUCAGCCAGUUUACGAAGAUGGUGACAUUGUGCCCGAUCCCCCUGAUGACAAUAUAUUUUCGUUGCAAGUGCCAAUUUCUGUGAAAGAGGUCAUCAGUGCAUUGCUGUCGCCAGACUGGACUGAGCGACCUUCUGUUGAUGCCAUCCUUUAUGCGUCCGUACCAGCCAUUAUGUUAUGUGACAACAGAACUACACUCCCAAUUCCAGAUUGUAUCCCCGAAGUCUAUGAUUUUCUGACAAGCUUUCACCGAUAUGAGUGGAAAGACAAGAUUAAGCUUGCGGAACGAUCUAUGGAUAAAAUUUGUGACUUGAAUGAUGAGGCAUUCAAUAUGAUAUUGCCCAGUUUGGUGCUCCUAUUCGUUCAUAGCGAUACAAGAAAGGAAGCAUUGGAUAUAUUCCCCAAACUUGGGCGAAGACUUGGUCCGGACGAAACAAAAAACCAUCUUCUGAAACCCAUAAUUAGUUUGUUCGAGUCAUCUCGCUCGUCAAUUCCAAUGGCUUUAUUUGACCCUUUAAUCAUUGGAGAGUUCUUGUGUCGUUUUGGGAUACCAAACUUUUUGCAACAAUUAUUUCCAUUGUACUUGGAAUCAUUGACUAUUGAUGGGCAACCAGUAGCUGCGCUUGCGUCGACAUCUGAAUUUCAGUCAAAAUACCUGAACGAAUUGGAGCUUACUUUAAGUCCAGUAUCGCCUACCGAUGCUAGCUGCGAGCAAUCUAUCCCGUCAGUAGCGCGACUGGCCAGCUCCGCCCUAGUCGAUGUCUGUACAUUAAUAGGUCCAAUUCUCACAUCUAAGCAUGUCAUGAAACAAGUAUACAGACAGAUUCUUAAAGAAGGUUCUGCGUUGUCAUAUACCAUUCAAGCAAUUAUUGCAAUAUGUAAUCAAUUUGGGGAGACAUUUACUCACUUGCAAUACGCGCAUAUAAUUACAAUAGUUGAUUCAUAUAGUUCCCAGCUCAAUGCCAAAAAUUGCUCAAUUUUAUGCAAUCACAUCACACUUUUGGAGAAGCUUGCACUGCAAAUAUCGGCGAACAAGAUUGUUCUAGAAUUGGAGUCAGGAUUUGCAAAUAUCCUUGAGCGACUUCUUAUCCAUGAGGAUGCCAGGACCUCAAACACUUUGGUUUCCGCGUCGAGAGAUCGAUUAAUAGUUUCCCAGAGAGUCAUAGAUUUCCUCCUUCACAUUACUCAUAUAAUUGGCAAGGCAGAAUGGGAAAACCAUAUAGUUCCUAUGCUACGAAAGUAUUUCGCCGAAUUCGAAAACCUUCAUAAAAGUUCGUUAACGUCUUCGGAUAAGGAGGAAUAUGCUCAUUUGAAAGAGCCAAGAAGGCAUCAGUUAAAGAUGGAAGCUAUUCUAAAACCUUCUCUCGAUAGUGAUAUAAUUGAGAACAUGAUGUAUGAUGACUUUGAAUCUGAAGAAACUAUACCUUUGAGAGUCGCAUCCCCUUUGUCAGACAGUAGUGCGAAUAGCAAAAAUAUAGGAAAUGUGCACGUCUCGGCCUCACCUGUUGUAAGGGACUCUAUACUAUCGAGAAAAAGCGUGGCGUUUGAUGAUAAGAAAGUUGCACUUACAAGCGCCCAUAAGGAUACAGCUAUUGUUACUACAUCAGGAUUUAGUGUCAAUAGGACGUUUUCCCUUUUUGGUAACGAUAACAACAAGAAAUUAUUCGAAAGCAAUGACAAGAAUGUCGAACAUCCUGUUCGAAGCUUCACUGUAGGCUCACUGAAAAAUGUCUUGACAGCCGCUUCGGCUAACGCCUCCAUAUCUGAAAGGCCGAAACAUAAGUCGUCACAUCUGCUACGGAAGACCAAAUCCACAUCCGAGGAAGAUUUAAGGAAUUGGAACAGAUACUUAUCAACAAAUUCAGAGGAGAUGUCGAAUUCGAUGCAAUUCACGUUCAAUGAUCUCAAAUUACGUACAUAUUUAGGUCAUUCUUCAAGAAUCUGUAGCAUUGGCACUAAUGAAAACGCGCGUGUUAUUGCCACCGGUUCACGAGACCGCACCGUGAAAUUAUGGUCUUUGGACAUCCAUCAUGGGAUCGAGAAUUCGAUUAAUGAGCCAUUUUCGGAGUGUUUAUUGACAUAUAACAGCCAUAAGAAGAAUAGCAUCGUCGACGUUUAUUUUGUUGGGGCCGGCGGCAGUGCGGGAUUGGGAGACAUUUUAUGGGAUCCUGAGACGGGACGAAGUCUUCAUCAAUUGGGUAAUAUGAGAACACCGUAUAUUUCAAUUAAACCAAUAUUUCGAACACGUUAUCUUGUUGGGGGGCUCUCUGAUACUACAGUCACAUUCUUUGAUACUUUCAAUCACUGUCUUUUACAUACUUGGAGGAGUUCGGCGGCAUUUGUCGGAACCAUAAAGGUCGUAUGUACAAAUCCGGCCGAAACUUUGAUAGCGGUAGGGUUUUCAAGCGGCGUUGUAUCGUUACUCGAGUCUCGCACGGGCAUGUUAGUUGGUAGUUGGAAGGCCGGAGAUACCGACAUUAUUCACUUGAGGUUCUUUGCAAAUAAUUAUCUCGUAACGUGUGCACCUGAUGACCACGUGAUAUGCAUCUGGGAUACUGAUACAGUGACUUUGAUUAAGACUAUACGACUCACCAGUGAUAUUGUUGCUUUAAAUAUGUACAAGGAUGAGCUCAUCACUAUUAACAACAGUAACACGAUAACGUUUACCCCGUUAAACGAGAAUUUUCAAGCCUAUUCAUCCAAAUUCAGAAGUUCAACAAUUAAAUCAUCUAUUACAUCUUUGAGCAUCUUGCCAGUUAACCAGUUGUUAGUAUUGGGAUGCAUGGAGGGAGAUUUAUUCUUAUAUGCAUAA